ACCAACUUUACAAAACGCAUAUUCUCCCCCUACUCAUCUGUCACUCUGAGAGCUAGGGCAUAAAUAGCAGCAGCAACUCUCACUGCCACCACCGCACUCCGUCCUACCGUCGCAUCGCCACCGUCUCCUCUCACAACUCCGUCAACGAAGCACCGUCCAAAUUACCUCCGAUCGUCUUCAUUGUCAUUCAGGUCUGUGUUGAUAUACUGUGAAUGCCGAAGAAAGUAUUUUGACACAACAUGGGUUUUGACAAUGAGUGUAUAUUGAACAUUCAAUCUCUUGCGGGAGAGUACUUUUGUCCUGUUUGUAGAACCCUUGUCUAUCCACAUGAAGCUAUCCAGACACAGUGCACUCAUCUAUAUUGCAAACCUUGUUUGUCAUAUGUUGUAAGCAGUACUCAGGCCUGCCCCUAUGAUGGAUACUUGGUAACCGAAGCUGGUUCAAAGCCACUCAUGGAGUCCAACAAGGCUCUAGCAGAAACCAUUGGGAAGACCACUGUACAUUGCCUUUAUCACAGGAGUGGCUGUGUGUGGCAAGGUCCUUUAUCUGAGUGCACAACCCACUGUUCUGGUUGUGCCUUUGGUAAUUCUCCAGUUGUAUGCAACCGAUGUGGAAUUCAAAUUGUGCACCGUCAAGUGCAGGAACAUGCUCAGACCUGUAAUGUCAAUGGUACAAGUACUCAACCACAAACGUCUGAGGCUGCACAGGAUGCCGCUUCAUCUGGAGCUGUGCCUACCGAUCAAAGCAAAAUUGCUAAUCAAGCAGUGGCACCACCACUAGCUUCCCAGCCACAGGCAUCUCAGACUGCCGCCGCUCAAAAUCUGAAUCAGCCAGCAACGUCAUAUCCUCUCCCUCAAGUCAUGGCUGCACCUGUAUUGCCAACAGCUGAACACCAAUAUUACCAGCAUUAUCAACAAUAUUACCAACAGUAUCCUGGUUAUGAUCCAUACCAGCAGGCUUAUCAACAAUACUAUCCGUAUCAACAUCAGCCUGCUCAGCAAAUCCAGCAGCCCCAGCCCCAGCCCCAGUCUCAGCCACAAGUUCAGCAGCAAGUGCAAGCCCCAAUGCCACAGGUACAGCCGCAGGUUCAAAACCAGGCACAGACUCAAGGGCAGGGUCAACCACAACCUCAGACACAACCUCAGGCUCAGUCACAAAUUCCAGCUAAUGGACAGCCUCAACCUCUCUACCCUCAGGCUGUGGUGGUUACCUCAAGUCAAAACCAGGGUCAGGCGAAUUCACAACCUCAAGGUCACCCAGGUCAGCCUGUUGCCCAUGGUCACAUACCUAUGCCGUCAUACUCGCAAGUCCAGCCGCAUAUUGUUCAAAGUCAUGCACAACCACCUCAAUAUCAGCAACCUCCUCCACAGAUGCAUCAUCCUCAGCCACCUCAAGUGCCACCAUUUCCUCAAACCCAACCACAAACACAACCACAACCUUACUCACAACCACCCUCACAUUUCCAUUCACAGCCCCCGCCUCAAUUGCAGCCAAUUAAUCCCCAGUAUCCUCCAGCAAGUCAUCCACUUUAUCCAUCACAGCCUCAUCAGCAUGCUCCACCCCAACAGCAUCCUAUGCAAGUGCAGCCACCAUCUGGCUCUUUGCCGUCACAGUUUCCACCACCACCUUCUUAUAUGCGUCCUCUGCAACCUUCCCAUAUGUUUCCACCUCAGCAGCGUCCUGUUACACAUCAGGUUCAGCAACCAAUGCCUCCACCAUAUAUCCAGCAGCCUCAAGCGUUUCCAGGACAAACACCUGGUCAACUCCAAGGUCAGCCACACCAUGCUGGUCUAUCUGCACAUCAGAAUCUUCAAGUACGUCCACAGGUUCCACCUCAGCAAAUGCAACAACCUUCUCCUGCAUUGCCACAUGGCAUGCCACCUCAAAGUUAUGUGGGAAGACCUGCUAUGCUGAAUCAGGGAGGUCAGCCACAGCAAUAUCCCCAAUCUUCUGGUUCAGCAGGUGUUGCACCACCAGCCAGACCACUACAGUUUGGUUCAAGCCAGCCCUUUGUAAGUCAGAGUAAUGUUAACUUGGCUAACCAGCAAUAUGUGUAUCCAGAUCAGCAACGUAAUGAAUAUGCACCACCUUCGGGUGGUGAUCAAACAUUUGAAAGAAGGGUAGAACAGGAAGGUAAAUCGCCUUCUCUGAAGAAGUCUGAGCCAGUGAUUAACGAAGUAAAACCUGAAGCAGGCAUGGCCGAUGAAUUUAAGCGUGAAGGUGGCCAGAGGAAAGAUGAAGCUUUGACUAAAGAUGCUGUCUCUGAGUUGCAUCAGGCACAAGGGGGGGUUUUAGUGAAAGAAGAGAGCACGGAUGGUGCCUUAGAAGAUCAUUCUCUUGGUCAGAAAAAAACGCAUGAUUCGGCAGUUCCCACUACAGACUCUGCAAAACAAGGGGAGAUAAGUGGAUCAUUUAGUCAAUCCCAAACACCUCAAGGCCAGAUUGGUGAAGCGUCUGGUGGAUUUCCAAGCAAGGGCACUGAACAAUCUUCGCAUCUUGCUCCUAUUACAGAACAAGGAAGAUCUACACACCCUCCUUUGCCGUAUGGGCCUCCUGGGCAGCAACAAAGACCUGUUGCACCUAAGUCGCAGUCGGCUCCUAAUAUUGAACAGACAAUGGGCCAAUCCCCAAGCCAUUUUAGGCCUCCUGGGCAUGGUUACUUGCCUCACGGCCCCCAUCCAGGUGAUCAAUUUCAACCACCUGGUCCAAAUCAACCUCCCCCCUUCCAUCCUGAGGUUCCAUCAGGUGGACCUAAUAGUUUUGCUAACAGCAGAGGAUAUGAACCACAUGGUAGAAUUUCCAGGAUGUCUCAAGGUGAUCCAUUUGGACCCCCUCCGCCACAUGGGCCUGACGGUCUACGUCAUCAUGUUCCAAUGGAAUCUGAUAUGUACCAAAACCAGAGGCCUUCUCAUUUUGACAGUAGACGUCAAGAUUCCCAUUUACCUGGUAAUUUAGACAGGGGACCUUAUCGGCCACCUUAUGGUGCUGAAUCAAAUUCAACGAGGAUGAAUGGGGCCCCACCACCAGGUUUUGACUCGUCAUCAGCACCUGGUUUUGGUGAUGAAAAGUUUAGAACCUCUGAUAGUUUUCCCAUGCCACCAAACCGUCAUCAUGAGGAAAGUUUCAAACAGUUUCCUGGCCCCCCUCACUUGGGCCGUGAGGAUUCUCCAAAAUUUGGAAGUCGGCCAUCAGGUGGAUAUGGGAUGGAUGGGCCAUCAAGGUUUCAUGAAAAAGAACCCCGUGGAUAUGGCUAUGAUGCUGGACAGAGGUUGCCACCAUAUCAUCUCAAUGAGUCUGGCGGAAGACCGCUUCCUGCAAAUAUACAUGAUAACAGAGGGAGGUUUGAUAAUAAUCGUCAAAACCCUGAUUUCCUCGGACCGAUGCAUGGUUUUGGUCGCCAUCAUAUGGAUCAUCUACCACCUACUAGUCCAGGAAAUCCAUUCGGUGGUCCACAUAACAUUGAUGUCGAUGGCAGAAAUAUGGAAAGGCAGUCAUUUGGUGAAAGAUUUCCAAUGGGGCCACCCGGUCACAUGCAUAGAGGGGAGUAUGAUGGCCCAGGAAAGCCCAUGAAUGGUGAACCUUUUGGCCCGAGGGAUCUAUCUGGUCGUGGUGAGCCUGGUUUUGGCCCUUUCCAUGAUUACGGUCGUUUAGGGGAACAUGGGCCGGGGGGUUUCUCUCAUCAGUCGCGUUUUGGAGAAGGGUUUGGCUCUAAGUCAGCUCGUCCACAUUUGGACGAACCAGUUUUUAGAAAUAGUUAUUCUCGUCAGGGAUUCCCUAGUGAUGGUGGAUUUUAUGCAGGUGGACCUGACUCAUUUGACCCGUUAAUGAAGAGAAAGACGUUUAGCAUGGGCUGGUGUCGCAUUUGUAAAGUUGACUGUGAAAGUGUGGAAGGUUUGGAUAUGCAUGGUCAAACACGUGAGCAUCAGAGGAUGUCCAUGGAUAUGGUUAUUAGCAUCAAAAAGAAAAAUGCUAAGAGACAAAAAACAUCUAUUGAGCGUGAGGAGGGAAGCAAAUACAGAAUCUAGAGAUUUAUGCUCGUGCUGAUAUGUUUUAGGUGAUGAUGGUUGAGCAAUACCAUCUUUGGUAUUUACAUUUAGUAAGUGGUGAGUCACUGUCAGAUGCUCUUUUGGAUGGUAUAUGCUUGUUUUAUGUUUCAGGUUGCUGCUUUGUUAUUGAAGAUGGUUUUUGGGAACUGUAAGUUUCUUGGAAGUUAGGUUGGUUUUGUUUUAAUAUCCUGAACUUUGAUAGCUUUGUUGGACUAGUGCUCUUAGUUAACUCAUGGGCUUUUUAGUAUGAUCAAGUUCUAUGUCUGAAAUUCUGGUUUUACUUUUUUUUUUUAAGAUUUCUGGUUUUAUUUUUUAAGCUAAUAUUUGUAUCUGACCUGAUGUAUGAUUGGUGAUUUGUUGGCUA